UUGAAAAUAUGCCCUUUGAGCCGACUGCAGUCCCUUAUACACCGUUGUGCUUCAUUAAUCUCAUUUUCCUUCGCAGACUAUCAGCAAAACCAAGAAGAUGGGAACCUGUAUGAUUUUGGUGGGUGUGCUCACCAUCUGCGGCCUCUCCUUCAGUCAAGAAUGCCGUCGCACGUUUCUGGAGAAUGUGGAUUUCCCGGGAACAGACAUCACUUCUCUCCUCUCUCCUGACGCGGAGCACUGUCAGCAGCUGUGCACCCAGCACCCCUCCUGUCUCUUCUUCACCUUUAUUCGACAAAACUGGACCGAGGAUAACAGGAACUUUUACUGCUACCUCAAGUACACUGAGUCGGGAAGGCCCAAAGUCCAGAAUCCCCUUCUGGGUGUCACCUCUGGUUUUUCCCUCAAAGUCUGCGACUCAGGGUCAAUGGUACCUUGUCUGUCUCAGAUGUACCAGAACACCGACUUCCUGGGGGCAGACUACAGAGGCUUGUUCACAACCGACCAUGAGGAGUGUCAGAGGGUCUGCACACAGGACCCAUUCUGUCAGUUCUUUACUUUUGUAAAUGGCGACUUCACAACAGAGCGAAUAAGGAAUAAAUGUCAUCUUAAAUUCAGCUGGACAAUACCAAGGACUCCCGGUGUGAAGAGAGAGGCUGGUGUCGUAUCUGGAUUUUCCCACAAAGUGGAAAUCAGUCAAUAUUUCGAGCCGGUGUGCCGGGGAAAGCUUUUUUCAAACACGGACAUCCCAGGGAAUGACUUGGAGGUCCUGCCCGCUGCCUCUCCUGAACACUGUCAGGCACUGUGCUCUGCUGAUCCACGCUGUACCUACUUCUCUUAUGUCAGUAGCAACUUCAAUUGUCACUUGAAGAGCAAUCCAAAUGAAAUUGUGACCACGGCCAAAGAGGGAAUCACAUCUGGGCUACCAGUGCACUUCUGUCAGCUGGAUAACAACUGGCUGAAGGUGGCUCAUGAAGGAGUUAGUUUCGAGGGUUCUGACAUUCGCUUUGAGCUGAUGGAUGAUGCACACACAUGUCAGAGGACCUGUACCUUCGAUCCUAACUGCCAAUACUACAGCUACUUCACUGAUUCCUACUCCGAGAGUAAUAUGCGGCGCCGCUGCUAUUUCAAGCGUGUCAUCACCGUACCUGCUCCGCCCAACAUUGGAAAACUGAACAAUGUCAUAUCUGGCUUCUCCCUGAAGAGCUGUGCAUAGACACAAACCUAACACAAUUUGUUUGCCAUUCAAGACACGGAUUAUUGUAUUUGUGUGUAAACAAUAGCAAUAAAAUUGACUAUAAAAUAA